CGAACGACUACUAACUUCAGGAAGCUGGAAGUUACCCACCGACCUACUGCGUGUUUAACUAACUUUACAGGUUGAAUUCACGAGUUUUUAGACCAGAAACCGAGCGGCGGGUGAAACUAUUAUUGUUUUUGUGUUUUUAUUAUUUAAAUAAGUUUGUCUUUGUAGAUCGUCUAAAGCAGGAAGACGAGCAGGACUCAGAGUCGCCACACAUCACAUCACUCAGUCAAGAUGUUAGCCUCCAGUCUGCUGGCUAACUACGGUACCGAGCACCAUGAUGACACCGCGCUUAAAGUGGACAAAUACCUGGACCAUUUUCAGCUGUCAGAUAAGACCUUGAUGGAGUUGUCAAUACGAUUUCGGCGAGAGAUGGACAAAGGCCUGUGCAGAGACACCAACCCCACAGCUGCUGUCAAGAUGCUGCCCACGUUUGUGCUCUCCACUCCAGAUGGAACAGAGCAAGGUGAGUUCCUGGCACUCGAUCUUGGAGGAUCCAACUUCCGGGUGCUCCUGGUCAAAGUUAUGGCUAACGGCAAGCAAGAGGUGGAGAUGGAAAAUCAGAUUUAUGCCAUUCCUGAACACCUCAUGAGAGGCAGCGGGUCUGAGCUAUUCGACCACAUAGCCGAUUGUCUGGCGAAUUUCAUGGAGAAGUUGGGCAUAAAGGAUAAAAAGCUUCCUCUGGGUUUCACCUUCUCUUUUCCCUGUCAACAGACCAAGUUGGAUGAGAGUGUUUUGGUGUCUUGGACCAAAGGCUUCAAGUCAAACGGAGUUGAGGGAAAGGAUGUGGUCAGCCUUCUGAGGAAAUCCAUCAAAAAACGAGGGGACUUUGACGUUGACAUUUUGGCCGUGAUCAAUGACACCGUGGGAACCAUGAUGACCUGCGGCUACGAUGAUCAUCACUGUGAAAUUGGCCUCAUUGUGGGAACGGGGACCAAUGCCUGCUACAUGGAGCAGAUGAGGAACCUUGAUAUGCUGGACGGUGACGAGGGACGGAUGUGUGUUAACACAGAGUGGGGCGCUUUUGGAGACGACGGCGCCCUGGAGGACCUGCGCACCGACAUUGACCGGGACAUAGACGCAGGCUCUCUGAACCCUGGCAAGCAGCUGUUUGAGAAGAUGAUCAGUGGCAUGUACAUGGGGGAACUGGUGCGUCUCAUCCUGGUGAGAAUGACCAAAGAGCGGCUGCUGUUCCAGGGCAAGACGAAGUCAGAGCUUCUCACCACUGGAAGCUUCAACACCAGCUACAUCUAUGCCAUUGACAAUGACAAAGAUGAGGAAGGUCUGGCGAGCGCGGAGAAGGUGCUCCGGGGCCUGGGUCUGGACCCGUCGGUCGAGGACUGCAUAGCCACUCAGAGGGUGUGUCAGAUCGUGUCUACACGGGCCGCACACCUGUGCGCUGCCACUCUAGUGGCGGUGCUGCGGCAGCUCCGGGAUAACAAAGCAGCUGAGAAGCUGCGUACCACUAUCGGAGUGGACGGCUCCGUUUACAAGAAUCAUCCAGAGUUUUCCAGGAGGCUCCACAAGAUGGUACGGCGACUUGUGCCGGACUGUGAUGUGCGUUUUUUGCAGUCGCAGUGUGGCAGCGGGAAGGGUGCUGCCAUGGUAACAGCAGUAGCCUACCGUCUCGCCGCUCAACACGCCGAGCGUGAGCGCAUCCUCGACGCCUUGCGUUUGAGCCGUGAACAGCUGCUGGAGGUGAAGAGGCGAAUCUGUGAGGAGAUGGUGCGAGGCCUGUCGAAGCAAACCCACGAGCAAGCGAGCGUCAAGAUGCUUCCCACCUAUGUUAGAGACACACCAGAUGGAACCGAGCAUGGAGACUUCUUGGUUUUGGACCUUGGGGGCUCCAGCUUUCGGGUGCUGCUGGUGCGAGUGCGAAGUGGAAAGAGACACAACGUGGACAUGCACCACAAGAUCUACAAUAUCCCACAGGAGACUAUGCAGGGCACAGGGGAAGAGCUUUUCAACCACAUUGUGCACUGCAUCGCCGACUUUCUGGAAUACAUGGGCAUGAGUGGAGCAUCCUUACCUCUGGGAUUUACAUUCUCCUUCCCCUGUCAUCAAAGCAAACUGGAUCAGGGCAUUCUUCUGAAGUGGACAAAGGGUUUCAAAGCCAGCGGCUGUGAGGGACAAGAUGUCAUUACGUUACUGCAAGAUGCCGUCCGUCGAAGACAGGAAUUUGACUUGAACUUUGUGGCGGUGGUUAAUGACACAGUGGGAACCAUGAUGACCUGCAGCUAUGAGGACCCCGAAUGUGAGGUGGGACUCAUCGUAGGCACAGGGACCAAUGCCUGCUACAUGGAGGAAAUGCAGAACAUCGAACUGGUGGAGGGUGAUGAUGGCCGUAUGUGUGUCAACAUGGAGUGGGGAGCAUUUGGUGACAACGGCGAACUCGAUGAUUUCUCCACCGAGUUUGAUCGCAUAGUCGACGAUUGCUCUAACAACCCUGGGAAACAGAGGUAUGAAAAGAUGAUCAGUGGCAUGUACCUGGGGGAGAUCGUGAGGAAUGUGCUCAUAGAUUUCACCGAUAAGGGCUUGCUGUUCAGGGGCAAACUGUCCGAGCGACUCAAGACCCGGUGCAUCUUCGAGACAAAGUUCCUUUCACAGAUUGAAAGUGAUCGUCUGGCCAUGCGACAGGUCCGCUCAAUCCUGCAGCACCUGGGCCUCACCAGCUCCACGACAGACGACAGCCUACUGGUGAAGGAGGUGUGCAGCGUGGUGGCACGCCGCGCAGCUCAGCUCUGCGGCGCCGGUUUAGCCGCCGUGGUCGACAAGAUACGGCAGAACCGCAACCUGAAUCAGCUCUCGGUCACCGUGGGAGUGGACGGCACCCUUUAUAAGACGCACCCUCAUUUCUCAAGCAUCAUGCAAGAGACGUUGCAGGAUUUGGCACCGCAGUGUCAGGUGACUUUCCACAAGUCCGAGGACGGAAGCGGGAAGGGAGCAGCGCUGAUCACGGCCGUGGCCUGCAGGAUCAAGAGCGAUGGGCAGCACUGAAUCGUCAACAUGAGCCACUACAUCUGAGGUCGCCAAAAUACAGUCACACACACGCCUUGACCUGAGUUUUAGAUCUUUAGUUACUGAUAUGUUCAAUCUGAUUUAUUUUGUGUGUGGUUUCACAUACACGUGCAUGUGAGUUUUUUGGUUUGUGUUCGGAAUCAUUAGUGAACUGUUCGUCAUGAGCUGACGUUGCAUAGGACGGUGGAAAAUUCUAGUUUAGCUAGUGUGUUAGAGAUGCACCUUCUGUGGAAUAUGACUGUUACGAUCUGUGGUACACUCCCUCCUUUUUUGUUUGCACCUUCAAAGUCACAGGUCUUUUCAUCCCAACUGACUUCAUUUUUUUUUAAUAACGUCUGUGAUGAGCAACGUUAAAGAUCAGACAUCACAAAGUGCCUCUCAAAAAAAAAUCAAAAGCCACGAGACAUGAAAUAAAGGAAGCUGGAAAGGAAAUUGUAGAUGAUUGCGGUGCAACAGAACCAAGAAACCUUCCCUUGUGCUGAAAAAAAAUAAAUCAUAUCUUAAUAUGGAAAUGACCCGAGCAACAACAAGGAACACAUCUGCAUGAUUUUUGCAUUUAGUUUUUUGCAUUUGCAUUUUUGCAUACUUAGUUCUAUUAUGCUUUGGGCUCCAUCCCUUAUUAAAAUUAAUUGAUCAAAAUGGAGGUAAUGAAGAUGCAUGUGAAAUGAAAAAUGGAGUGAUACAUUUAAUUAAUUUGAUUAAUUUAAAGCCGAUUUUCACCAAAACCGUUGUGAUGCCAUGAAAACAGAGCCAUGUGUCAUCAUCUUCCCCGUCUCACAUUCAUCAUUCACAACACUUAAUUGGCCUUUAUCAUUUAAGGAAAGUGGCGUCAAGGGGUGGAAGUGACAAAAGAAAUAAUCGAAGAAAAGGUGAAGCGAUGAAAAUGCGUAAAAACAUUCACAACACAACAAAUCGUGUUGAACUGUCAACAGUCGAUCAUCAGAGCAACACCGUUUCAAAUAAAAUGUCAGUCAAGUUCAUCAAAUCAAUGGACAAUUUAUCACUAUUUAUCAAUUUGCAUACAUUUUCAUCACUGCCAUUAUUAAUUCAUAUGCAUUCUCAUCACUUCCCUUUUUCUACAAUUAUUUUUUUGUUACUUCCAAACCCUGAGAGACACUUUCCUAAAAUGAUAAAUGGCAAUUUGGUGUUGUAAAUGAUGACUGUAAGAUGGAGAAAAUGAUGAAACGUGGCUCCGUUUUCAUCUCAUCACGACUGGUUUAGUGAAAUCGGCUUUAAACGAAUCAAAUCACUUGAUAUUUUAUCACUCCAUUUUUCAUUUCACAUCCAUUUUAAGGCUCCAUUUUUUUUUUAAUUCACGUGCAUUUUCAUCAAUUUUUAUAAAUUUUUCUUUACUUCCACCCCUCAUAGAAUAAAAUUAUUUUUAUCACACUGAAUUUAUAUUUUCAUAUCAAUUUUAAGAAUGAAAAAGAUUUGAAUUUAAGAACUUUUUAUGCAGUUGUACUUUUUCCUCAAAAAUAAAAUUUAAAUUUUUGUCUUCAUAUAAGUGUUAAAUAUUAAAAAAAAAAUUCAUUAAGAAUAAAUGUUACACUCUCCGUCUCUUCACUGAGUGGAGCGUCUGCCAUCAAUAAGGAAAGACUCGCUAGAUUGACCCGACUGAACAAGACAACUGGAAGCAAAGCUUAUUCAUACUGUAUCUUAUUUAGUCAUACUGUCAUACUGUCUGGUCUCAUGACUGCAACAAACUUAUUCUCAUGCAUGAAGUAAGAUGUACCAACGGUAAACAUUGAAUACAUUGGGGGUAUAUUUAAAGAGAAAACAGAGAGACCCUUACAAUGAUUGCCUACCAGGAGGGGGGAGGUUAAUUAAACCACAGGGGUCAGAAUGUAAAGGGUUAGGAUUAGGAAUACAGAAGGUAAAAGAAGGGAUUGUUCUAAUCUUUUUUGUUGACUUGUUUGUUUCAUUUUAUUUAUUUAUGUCUUUCGUAUCAAAUUUGGAUGGUACGCUGUACAAAGAAAGAAACAAAUGGCAAUCUACGACAAGUGUCUGAACAGGUCUGUGUAGCUUCAGAGAGAGAUUUCAGAUAAUUCCUGAAUUGUUGUACAUGUGUGAGAAUCAGUUGUUAAAACCAUAAACGCCAACAUCCAGUUGUA